UUCUGCCAUCUGAUCUGCCAGCUGCCACCCACACCAGCUGUACCAGACACCAUGGAGAAGGUCCUUGUGCUUCUGCUUGUGGCCCUUGUUGCGGUGGCCUAUGCAGCUCCCGGACCCCGGGGACUUUUUGUUAACCUGGACGACGGUGAGAUCUGCUUGAACAGCAUGCAGUGUAAGAGCAAGUGCUGCCAGCACGACACCAUCCUGGGCAUCGCCCGCUGCACACACAAGGCCAUGGAGAACAGCGAGUGCUCGCCCAAGACCGUCUACGGGGUUUACUACAGGUGUCCCUGUGAGCGGGGCCUGACCUGUGAGGGGGACAAGACCAUCCUGGGCGCCAUCACCAACACCAACUAUGGCAUCUGCCUUGACGUCGGGCGCUCCAAGCAGUGAGCCCAUGCAGUAAGGCCACCUCUCCCCUCCUCCUCCUCCACCUGUCCCACCUGAGCCAGCUGUUGGCAAUUAAAGCGCACCUGCAACCUU